CUCAUCUGAAAAAAUCACCUCAUUGCGUGCUACCUCUUGUUAUACUCUUUGCUUGUUAUCCUACUCUUUUGAAUUUUAAUUUAUUUUGCUAUCAUCUUUAGCCAUUAAUUUUUUAUUCUCUGUUUAGAUCUAUGCCUGGUUUCAGCCGGACACCCUUUAAAUGAGCUGGACAUGAAUUUGUACCGCGGGACAAUCAAAUUGAAUCAUUAUAAAUAUACCUUGAUAUUUUUAAAACUGUUUCUCACAUUGAGCCUAGUUCAUCAUGUUUCUGGGGAAACUGAAGAAGACAUUGUUUCUGUUGAAGAAACCAUUGAUAGCAAACCAUAUGAUUCAAGUGAGGUGAUAGAUAACAACCCGGGAUUACACCAUUCAAAUGAUUUUGGUGACACUGAUUCCAAUCAGACGUCCGGAGAAUUAGUGUCACAGGCAAUUGGAUUGAUAGAAGAGAAAAGGUCAACUGACUCGGACAUCGAUACCAUGAUCAAUAAAACAAGUGCAAAUUCAACAGCGAAUGAUACGAAGGUUGAAUGUACACUAGUCAAUAUGACUGAUAGUGAGGUUUCUGGAGUUGAGAUUGUGAACGCAAAACGAUUCUUGGAACUGGUUACACCUAAAGGCAAUGAAUCAACUUGUGUUCUUGCCCUCUUUUACUAUCCUUGGUGUGCUUUUAGCGCCAAAUCAAGUCGAGAUUUCAAUGCAAUUGGUAAAUUAUUUCCUCAGCUCAAUGUGAUUGCCCUUAAUGCGUAUCUUCACAACAGUAUCAAUAUGCGUUUUGGUCUGGUUGGUAUUCCGACUGUCCUUUUUUUUCAUAACGGUAAAAUUGUGGCCAAAUACAAUUCAACCGAGUCAAGUUUACUUUCAAUGGUUUCAUUUAUUUACCGUUUAACUGGCCUUGAACCUGAUUUAACGGUCAACCUGACGGAAGACGAUUGGACUAGUCCAUUACCAACAAUACCUCAAGUGACCAUUGAUUACGUCCUUAUCUUAUCCUCUGUAUUCCUGUUGUUUACCGUUUGCUAUUUGAUUGGUCGAUCAUCCAUAUUUGCCAAGAUUAUUGAAUCAAUUAGGAAUACAUGGAGAGAAGCUGAAGCUCAACAUCAACAUUUAGAUUGAAAAAUGUAAAUUAAAUCAAUUGACGAAUGCGUUUCCAAUCAAAAUUCACAUCAAGUUUAAACAAAUUACCCACAAACACAAAAAACAAUCAUCUUUUUACCUUAUAAACACUUGGGUUGAAUAGAGAAGUCAGAUAACCAGUUUUUUAAACAAUUUGAGCAAAGCCAAACAUUUGUCAAUUGUGUUUACAAGCAAAUUAUUUUACACGGCUUUCAUUGUAAUUAAUUAAAUACAAAUCUGUAAUGCAAUUGUUGCCUCGUGCACAGAAAAUGUGAUCAAUAAAUACACUUUAAAUUUAA